AUGGAUGCCGCCUGGCGGAUCGCCCUGGCCUCGCCGGGGCGCUCUGUCAGCGCGGCAGGUCAGCUAAUCGCUUCUCCGCCGUGGACAACCCGCCGCGCUCUUGCGGGGGGGGGGAGUGCACUGCGCGGCGAUUGCUGCCUGUGGGAUCUGGCGCGGGCCUGCUUGCGUGCUGGGGACGCUCGCGGCGCCCGAAGCCUGGUCAGUGAAUCGCUUCUCCGCUAG